CAGGUAGCCCAGAGAUAAAAGUCAAAAACUUCACAAUUGCCACGGGCCAAAACACUGAGCACACUCACUAAAUUUCUCUUAUAAGCGCGUUUCCAAUACAAUGUGGAUGCAACUAGGCUGUCGUGCGUUUGUAAAAGGCGCCAAGAAAAGAACACCCAGGCGCAAGGAUGGUGACGCUGACAGUGAGCCAACGCUUAUUAUGGCCAUGGCCAAUGCAGACAGUCGCGAAAGAGGCAACAGCAACACAUAUUUGGCUCAUGAUAACGUUCAAUUACCAGCGGGCACAGAUAGCGUCUAUCUCUCCAACCCCUCGAUGAACGAACUAAUGCGAACUAUUCACAGUGCCUCCUCAAUGGAUUCAUUUAAACGCGUCAUUGUAUCAAAACGAAAUACUGCAAUGAGUUUUCCAGUUCCCAGUAGGACCACGACCCAUCUGCUGGCACCAACUAGCUGUCGUAUGGGAAAAAGUGGUUUAAGUUGCCAUCAAAGUGCCAGGCUUGUUCCAAAUGUAAUGCACCGAAGACGGUCUUUUGAUCACCGGUUGCAUCAGCAGCGAGUGAAUACGUCAGCUCACAGGCUGUGGAAAGUGCACUCAGAGGGUAAUUUCUUGGGGCCAAGGAAGCCGUGCUCCUCUGAAUGUGAAUGCACUGCAGACUCAGGGAACUGCGCAGAGAUGAUCUCUAGAGAUGGUCUGCAAGCGCCCGUUGUUGUUCCUUUGGAAAUCCCCACGGGUGGCCAGGAACUUUCGAGGAACUUGUGCUAUUGGAUUAGUUUGGCACACCUGCUAGUGGUGAUUUCUUGCCUGCGCGGACUCUUAUGAACAGAAAUGCAAAUAGAGCAAGUGUGAUUAAAAAAUCAAGUUUUUGCUCGUCUUACUG